CAGCACAGCUGACUCAGUAGCCACGCCCCUUCUGUUUGACAUCACGCUCCUGCCAGCUCUGCGCAGUUUGCUUGAAAUGCAUCGUAUAUGUGUUGUAUCACGUACUAUACUUCACCUUUGCACAGAGUUUUUGUCGCGCUUCUUAUUAUGAAAUGCAGGUUUAUAAAAAAAAUAGCAUCGGAGGAUCGUCGUUAACCUAAACACGCUGGACUUUCCUGGUCACACAAGGUAACUCUUUCUAAUAAACAUGGCCUGGUCUUUGGGAUGUUGCCAUAAAGACACACCCCUCGAAGAGAUGAACGCUGACCUAUUUUUUACCACAGUAUCAGAUGGCCCAAAAGAAAGUUCUACACAGAAUUUGCUGGACAUGUCCCGCUCAAAAACUGACAGUGGAAAGAGGCCGGUUAAAAUUCGUCCGCCGAGCCCAAAAACUGCUCCAAGGCAAACAGCAGGCCGCAGCCUGUCAUGUGAACCACCAACCAAAUCCAUCAUCCAGAGGCGCACGCAGUCCCUUCCAUCUCCAUCAGAGAGAAGGAGGCUUAGUCGUAGAGCCAGCGUCCGGUUUGUGGACUCUUUAGGGUUGGACCUGGAAAAUGUCAAGGUUUUCAAAAGCGGAGAGGACCCGUUUGUCCCAGAGCAUGUUCUCUUCCGACUCUUAAUGAAUGCAGAGUUAGCCUCAAGUAAGAGGAUGGAGAUUUCCCUACCAUAUUUGAAACCGAUGUUCUCAGUCCAGCCAGGGGACUGUUCAAACUUCACCGAGCGUCUGGGUUGCCAACAAGUAUGUCUGGAGCGGGUUUUGUGCUAUGAGCCUGGAAUUAUAGGGAUCGUUCAAGUUGUAAACUUGGCAUUUGAGAAGGAAGUGAGUGUUCGCUACUCUUUUACAAACUGGAAGAGCUGCUCAGAAACCAAGGCUUACUGGGUUGCAAGCAAAUCCAUUUCAAACGGGCCCUGCUGUGACACUUUUCGAUUUCAUCUACCCGUUCCUCCAUAUAUCCUUCACCCUGGAGCAGUGCUGGAGUUUGCCAUUUGUUAUGAAGUAAUGGGCGUGCAGUUUUGGGAUAACAAUGGUGGGCAGAAUUACAAGUUAACCUGUCAGAGUUAUAAACUGCCUGUGCCGAAGGAAUGUGAAGACAGCAUGAUACACUUUAUCUGAGGACACUGAUUUUUAAAGCACUGUUUCACUUUAUAUUUUGCUUGCAACCACCAGCAUUUUCACCGUGUAAUAUACAUUGCUGACCUUCUGAAAGUCUUGCCGUAGUGUAUUUCAUUUGUGAUUAACGUGAAGCCAUGUGAAAUAUGAGAUUUUUAACUUUAAGAUUGUGACAACUGGACUGCAGCACUGAGAGUAUUACUGCAUGUUGGCUUGAAAAUGUAAUAUAGAUUUAAAAAGUGCCUUUACUGUAUUUUUUUACAUUUCAGGUUUGCACUUGCGUGAGGAUGUUAUUGUCACUAUGUGGUACGUUUUCAUAAUACUUGUAGAUAUUGUAAACACAGAUGUUGAUAGAAUAAAUUAGGAUGGGUAAUGCCACUUGUUUUGAAGAACUGAUUAAAAAAACUAUUCAGCAAUUCUUUACUGCACUCAUAAAACCUUCAAAAUAAAGCCAUAUUGAU